AUGGAGCACUCCCCCUCUAUGAACCUGUCAGCGGUGGAUGGACAGGACAUGGAGGACCAGCGGCCCCUCCUCCCCAACAGGGUGCUCCCCCCCCCUCAGGCCUGCUCUCCUCAGUGUGGGAUACACCACACAGUCCAACUGUCAGCUGAUCACACCGUGUGGCUGGACAGAACCCAGGCCAUGGCCACCACUCCGUUGUACAACGGCCGUCUUUAUGUGACCUCUUCACCUCGCGCCAACAAGAAGGGACAGAAAGGCAAAGAGAAGAAAUAUCAGAAAAAGUCAACAGGAACUAAACAGACCCCAGCUCACAAGGAGUGUAAUAAUCAGUGCAAAGCCAACAACUCAGAAGCUCAGAGACUCCUGGAGAAAGUCACCUCUUUCUCCGACGUCCCAUGUUCAUUACCCCUUCAGAGCCCCCGCAGACCACACUUAGACGUUCAGGAUGUUGAGAGCAGAGGGCGUCGCUCCUCGGGCAGCGUUUCCUUGGAGAUGCACGACCGCCAGACUCUCCCAGAGAUCAUCAUCACCAGCAAAGAUGACGACUUUGAACUGCAAAAUGAGACGUUCCAGCUUGGCCAGGAGCCAACUGAGGGCAGAGGCCUUCUGCCAGGAGCAGAGGGUCCCGCUCCGGACCCCGAAACCAAUUCCCAGACCAGCCCAAAGCACAAGGAGGAGAGCAAAGACGACUCGUACUGGAAGACCCACAACAUCGGCUGGCGGCUGGUGCACCGGAGGGCUCUGUUCCUGAGGAGGCAGCGGCUGAACGACUGCGCGCUGGCAGUGGGGCUGUUCGGGAUGUUGCUCAUGGUGAUGGAGACAGAGCUCUCCUGGAGCGUCUACAGCAAGAGCUCCAUCUACUCGCUCUCACUUAAGUCCAUCAUCAGUUUGUCUACGAUCAUCCUGCUGGGCCUCAUCAUAGCGUAUCACUGCUGUGAGAUACAGCUCUAUGUUCACGACAUUGGUGCAGCAGAUUGGUGGAUUGCCCUGACGACUGACCGUGUGGCUCUGGUAGCCCUGGAGCUGUCGGUGGUGGUCAUUCAUCCCUAUCCGGUGGGGCUGAUGGCGUACUUCCAGCAGACCUUCCAGCACACCCCCGCCCGCCUGUCGCUGUCGGAGACGGAGCUGGAGAUCAUCCUGGCUCUGCCCAUGUUCCUCAGGCUCUACCUGCUGGGCCGCGCCAUGAUGCUGCACAGCCGCCUCUUCACUGACACCGCAUCCCGCAGCAUUGGAGCGCUCAAUAAGAUCCACUUCAACACCCGGUUUGUGGGGAAAACACUGAUGACAACCUACCCCGGGACGGUGCUGAUGAUAUUCAGCGUGUCUCUGUGGAUCGUGGCAGCGUGGGGCUUACAUGUCUGUGAGAGACACCACAACUACAGGGACCUGAGCAGCAACUACAUGGAGGCUCUGUGGAUGGUCUCCGUCACCUUCUUGUCCAUCGGUUAUGGAGACGUGGUGCCUCACACAUACUGCGGUCGCAGCAUCUGCCUCCUCACUGGGAUCAUGGGAGCGGGCUGCACGGUGCUGGUGGUGGCUGUGGUCGCCAGGAAGCUGGAGCUGACCAGAGCGGAGAAACAUGUCCACAACUUCAUGAUGGACUCCCACAUCUCCAAGAGGAUAAAAAUUGCCGCAGCAAAUGUGCUGAGAGAGACUUGGCUUAUCUACAAACACACUAAGCUGUCAAGAGAAAGAGACCAGUCCAGAGUCCGCAUGCACCAGAGGAAGCUGCUGCUGGCCAUCCACCAGCUGCGGCGAGUGAAGGUAGAGAAGAGGAUUCUUGCAGAUCAGGGAAACACACUUGUGGAUCUGAGCAAGAUGCAAACAGUGAUGUAUGACAUGCUGGAGGAGGUGCAGGGCUGCAGGGCGGAGCUGGACACACACAUCCACGGCCUGGAGAAGAACGUGGAGGAGCUGAGGGAGGGCUUCAGGAGCCUGAUGCCGCUCCUGUCCAGGACCCUGUCAACGCAGAACUCCUCCAUCCGCCACCUGCUCAGGGAGAGGGAGGUGAAGGCGGAGACUGAUACUGCUGGGGCGAGCGAAGAGAGCUAG